AUGAAUAUGAGGUUUAUGCUAGGGCUAGUCAGUGGCCUUGUCGGCAUUGCGCUGGCAAACGUCGAGAAGACGAUGUUUAUAUCGCCAAACGUGGACAUGGCCCAGUCCGCCCUCUUAAACGUUGAGUUAAAGGCUCUUUCACCUUCAGCACCGAGUAUCAGGGAAUAUCUCGAAGCUGCGUUUCCAACUGACACAGCUCCUUCUGGGAAGAGGUCGUGGUACCGUCUCGAGGGGCUGGUUCCUGGACAGCGCUAUGAAGUUCGAGUAUGCUGGCUAGCAACACAACCCACUGAAUUCACUCUAUCAACUCACCAACCAUCUGAGAUCCUCCAGUCUCCAAAUCUAUUGGCUUCCCUAGCCGAGUUCUCGGAGAUCCAGGCCUACCGUAACAAAAACAGCACUUCAAUAGGAGGAACCUCUGUCCGCCCGGCUGGCGUAACGCUGUAUCUCGUCAUCGAUGCAGCUGCAGACUAUUUCACCUCUGACAAAGGACUGAUGGCAGAUGUUCCGCCAGUCCUCGUCGACCUCAUUCUCGACCCCUAUAUCUUCAAUAUUCUCCCAACUUCUCUCGUGCCUACUUUGGGUUAUGUUCUGGUUUCAAGUGUACUUGCAUGGUUCAUAUCACGGUAUAUCUGGCUCCAGCUUUCAGCCGCAGCGAAGACGUUGGAUGUUGGCGCAGAGAAGGAGAGUCAAAUACAGUCUCAGUCGGUCAACCAUUGGAUCGGUGCUGCAAGGAAAAAGGACAACAGAAUUAAUUUUUUUAGCUGUUGA